AUGGUACUGUCUACAAAGAUACCUACUCGCUUUGCUCCCCUUCUGCACAUUCGCCACUGCUCUCGGCCUCACGCCACUUGCAUCCAAGAAACGCCUGUCGACCAAGUCGAUUUUGACUUGAUUCAACAUCAACUCAACCUGAAAUCUCCUGUCGAUACCCUGCGAAGUCUUCUUUUGAACGACACGCGUUCGCUCUUUCGGCAGAUGCACUUACGCUCUGUAGUCAAGGAGGCUCUGAAAGUUGACUUUCCCAUCAAUGGUCAAAUGCUCGAUCCUCACGAAUUUCGCCAACAUAUGGCUGUGAAAACAGCUUAUAAAUUCCGCCGAAGAAUCCUGAGGGAGCAAUUCUUGAGGUGUCAAACCAUCCAAGAUCUCAUGCGCGUUCUUGCUGUAGCCUUACAGCGCAAGGAGACCACGCAUGAUCUAGUCGAUAUGGAUCUUUGUAUCGUGCGAGCUCUUUACCGUGCCAGAGACAACACAACCGAUCUCAAGAUUUUCGGUGCCAUAACCACAAUCAUCUCCCGUUUCCGGAAGGAGAACCUACCCAUCACACGUCAACUCUUGGCCGUUGGUAUCAAGUUCGCUGCUCGGUCGCGCAGUUUACCCGGCAUGAAGAGAUAUCUGAAGCUGCACAGGGAGCUAGGCUUCCCAAUCGCAAAAACCUUGUUCAGAGCCAUCAUCGCAAAAUUCAGCGUUGGAAGUAACGGAUAUGGUGAGAUUCGUAAUGGAAGAUGGUCACGUCGUGAUCUGCUACAAGUCCUCCUUGGCUUCGAAGAUACUGCUCCAGAAGACCAACACCAUCUAGGUUUGUUCCUCGACAGGAAUGAAUGGACUCAGUUAUUUGGAUGGAUUGUCGUCUUGUCCCGCUGCAAGGCAUCCGACGAGCUCUGGAAGGAGUGGCUGUUGUGGCAGGAGAACCCUUUGCGUCUGAAAACAGGCAAAGUGGCAUCCCUGUAUAGCGAAAGCAAGCUCAGAGGCGAUUAUUCGUUCAUCGAGAUGAUGGCUGACGCAGGAGACUCUCGUCGAGCUUGGAACAUGCUCGGCGCCAGUGGGAUUCCAUUCAAGGAUUGUCGAAGUCGACUGAGACGUACACUUCUUCGCGAUAUCCAGUACGCGACCGUUUGGGACGAUCAGAUGUCCCUCGACCUGCUCGAACAGUAUGACUUUGAGUUGAAAAAGGUGGAGAAUGCUUUAGGCGUGGAGUGGAUCAGUCUUGGUAACGAUCAAGGCUACCAUAAGCCUACGGAAUCCAUGCAGGAAUCUCUCGAAGCUCUUUCGUCGCCUUUCUUCAAACUAGAACCGGACUUUGGUUAUCCUCACGAUCUCAGUGCGGAAGAAAUCAAGAAACAGAACGAGGAAAUGAUGUUGCAUGUCGAAGACACAUCGAUCUAUCUACCAAAAACUGCUCGCAGACCUAAGAAGCGCGACUAG